AAGAUUAGACCUAAGCGGACCGGCUUGCCUGCUUUGCCGAUUCUGGAGCCGGGCGGUGUGGAUCGUACGGAGAGACGGAGCGGCGAAGACGGGAAAGUGUGAAAGAAGGGAGGAAGACAGAAAAGAAGGAUAGACAACCAUGGCGACGCCAGCGACAAUACCGAAGUUCACGGUUACUACUGUGGAGCAGGAACCUUUCAUCAUGCGGGAGCUGGAACCUAAGGGAGGGGCUCGCUACGUUGGCUUUGUGAAGGACCUGCUGGACGUUGUGGCGGAGAAGGUUGGCUUUUCCUACUCCUUCAAGAUUGCCAGCGACAAUCAGUAUGGCACAGAGAGUCCCAUUGGCUGGACCGGCAUGAUCGGCGAGCUGGUCCGAAAGGAAGCGGACAUCGCGGCAGGCGCCCUGACAGUGACGGUGCCACGUGAGGAGGCGGUGGACUUCACCAAACCCUUCAUGACAACCGCCGUCAACCUGCUGGUCAAGAAACCCGAGCGCAUUGACCUCGGCCUCGGCUACCUCGUCAGACCGUUCUCUACAGAGUUCUGGAUCCUCCUGCUUAUUUCCAUCAUCAUCGUUGGCUUCAUCUUCUUCCUCAUCGGUCGCUUUAGCCCCUACGAGUGGAUAAAAGUCGGCGAGGACCGAGAUCAGCGGGGCGCCCGGAACGCCUUCAGCCUGCGCAACAGCUAUCUCUUUGUUCUCAGUUCCCUCACCUGGCAAGGGUUCCGCGAGCCCCCCAGGUCCAUCUCAGGGCGACUGAUGGCUGCGUUCUGGUGGAUCUUCGUGCUGUUCACCCUAGUGGCCUACACGGCUAACCUCACCGCCUUCCUGCUGGCUCGCCCCGAGCAGAUGCCACUCAUGCCCUUCAAGAGCUAUGAGGAUCUGGUGGAGUCGAACGAGAUCUCCGUGGGGGCGCUGGCCUUCGGGUCCACCCAGCAGGCCCUCCGGCAGAGUCGCGACAGCACCCUGCAGAACCUGUGGAACAAAAUGUCGCGACAGAACUCGUGGGUCAACUCGUACGAGGAGGGCCUCCAGCGGGUCAAGAAGAGCGACGGCAAGUUCGUGCUUUUCUCCGAGAGUUCGACCGCCGAGUACCUGGCCCGCAAGAACUGUGACGUCAUGCUCUACGGGGACAACAUCUUUCACAGGAGCUACGGGCUGGCCGUGCAGAAAGGCUCUCACCUGGCGCCGCUGCUGAACAAGGCCAUCCUGGAGCUGCGGGAGAGCGGCGAGCUGGACCUGCUCCGCCAGCGCUGGUGGCGCUUUGCCGGCGAGUGCUCGGACAUCGACGGACGGAUGUACACCCAGAAGGGCGGCUCCCUGUCCUCGCUACCCAUCUACCCCGUCACCCUGCGCGACAUGGCCGUCGCCGUGCUGCUGCUCUUCCUCGGCAUUAUCGCUGCGAUCGUCUUCCUAGUGUUGGAGCUCCUCUACCACACCAUCGCCACCAAGGGAAAGAUCGAGAAGCCGAAGGUGCUGGACAAGAAGAUCUUCCGCGCGCCCAAGUUCACCAAGGGCAAAUCCAAGGCAGCGCCAGCAACGACUUCUACGGAUGUGGAAGCCGGCGUUUCCGAACCACUCAGCGAAGAGCCUCUUGAAGGCACUUCCGGUGAAGCUGCUUCUGCUGAGGGGGUGGAGGAAGCCAAAGAAGCUUAGGUCCUCCGUUCAAGAACUGCAGUCAUUGCUGCAUCUAUCUCACCUCGCGACUCGCUCUUUUUUUCCUCUCUCUCGCUUCCUUUGAGGUCGUCUUUCUUUUUGACUGGUUGCUUGAAGUACGUGAUAAAAAAAAAAGAGUCGGGCGUUUUAUUUUGAAUGUCCAAAUGCUCAUCGAUGACUGAGUCAGCAUUUUUUUCAGCUUCAGUGUGGAGCUGUCCCAGUGGACUUCCUCAGGUGUCACCAAACUGUCCUCAUCGUUCUUGUACUAGUCUCUUCCCGCUAAGUAGGAGAGAUAAUGAUAAUGAUAAUGAGGAAUUUUUUUUAAGUCUGCAUGAAAGCGCGUUGCCAUCUGCAAGCAGCUUGAUAUGUUCGCGAAAUUGUAAUUCACAGCUAAAAGGUUUAAACUCAAGAAGAAAUAUCACUCCUCGUGUAUGUGUGGGUGUGUGAGAGAGAGAGAAGGAAAAAUGGAUGAUUGGACUACAAACGGGGAAAGUAGGGUGAAAAAAGGGAAUUUACGAAUACAACCUGGCCACUUUACCCUUGGCAUUGGUAAGAAGAGAAGAAAACUGUAGAAAGAUGACAGGAAUUAGAAGAAAAGUAAAAGAAUGAUAGCCAUACCUCACUGAAAUUAUUUUACUUUUAAGGAGCUCUAGCAGGGAUGACUUUAACAAUAGUGGUUUGUCUACGAUUGGUAAAGUGACUUCAACGAUAGUGGUUCGUCUACUAUUUGUAAAGUGACUUUGACAACGGUGGGUCGACUACGAUUGGUAAAGUGACCUGAAGGGUUUGACCGAAUCGACUUCCACGUCACCCUAAUGAUGGAGGGUAAAGUUCAACUGGAUGCAGGCCUACCAGCUAGUCACCGAAUGCCAACUCUGUUCCACGGAAUCAUACUCAUCGUGAUCGUCGUUUAAAAGUAACAUUGCUGAACGAUAUGCAUGGUACCUAAAUGUCAACCUGAAUUAAAUCAGAGGAGAUAUACGAUUUAAAUAAAUAUUUUUACUUUUUUAAUGUUUGAAAUCCUUAAGACGCACGAGUGACGGUGAAAAAGAAACAAAAGAGUUGCAGUUUCUCUCCAUUUUUGUUUUUAAAAUUGAGAACUUCACCAUGUGGCUGUUACUUUUACGAGAAAUGCUGCCUUAAGCACGAAAUAACAUUACAUACAUCAUUGUGCUGCUAUUACUAACAAAUCUUUGAAGAAAAAAAAGUCUGGCAGUUCCUACCAAAGACGAAAAAUGUCAAAUUUGUAUGGCACUCGCUUUUAGACAUUUUGUAAAGUCUAAUCACUACAGUGCACUGAAAGUUCAUGCAAACGAAUCACGUCCAUGUUCUUGCUGAAUAAUCUGUGACCAACAGCAUCUACUGCCACCAAACAAGACUUUCAACAUCGAGUUGUUUGCGUUUUUUCAACAUCCAAGGGUCCAUGGUUCUCCCGAUGUUGCAAUCACAAGACUUUCAUCAUUCACUCCAGUCCUAUGCCUUACCAGUCGUCAUGUCUUGGGGUGGAGGGUGAAAUACUUCACCCCUCCCUCCAACAACAAUAACAACAACAACGACAACCACCACCACCCAAUUGCAUUGUUUUAAAUGUGUGCCUGUCAAUUCUUAUUUCGUUUAUUUGAAAUGUGUACUUUCAUGCAUAUUCAUAAAAUAAAUUCAUCCCUCACGAUGGAUAGUUAGCAUGUGUGUAUUAAAAAGCGAAUAUUAUUGCCGUUUCCUAACUGCUGCAAUUAACUGCGAUAUUGACGAUCUUUGCGUGUCUUUCAUAACAAAUUUAUGCCUGUUAUUAAGUUUAUAGAAAGUCAUUAUUGGUAUGUAUUUAUCACCAGCUGUAUGUUUGUAAGAAUUUAUCUUUCCAUACUGUGACAGAUUUAGUUGUACGUUUUUCUAUAAACUGCUCAGAUCCCGUGAAGUGCAACUUUGUUACCCUCCUUUUUUUCAAGUUAUUAUUAAGUUAUCUGUUUAGAUUUUGUUUCUCAUUUUUUUUUACUCACUGCCCGGAAGUAUCUCUGCCAAGGAAGUUCCAAAAAUAUGAAUGACAUACGUGAAUUUCCAUUGUGCAUGCCUGACAUACCAGGAUCCUUCUGGGUCGGCUCGAGUUAACUAUAGUGUUGUGCUACAUGAUAAUAAAGAUAGUUGAACUGCUCA